ACCAAUUGCUCUUCCAUAUAUAUAAAAUACAUCAUCAAUGAGCAUAUGUCCACGCCCAAACAAAAAAGUCCUCCUAUAGAUCAUCGAUACUUCUCCAUUCUCUUCUUCUGCAACUUUCAUACCUCUUUAGAGAUUAUUGCUGCAUCCUAUGCAUUGUGAAUUAUUAACUUCAGAUAAUCUUUUAUUCGAUCUGUUUUCACUCAUUUGACUAGGGAAAUCAGAGUAAUUAUGGAAGAUUUGAGCUGGGAAAGAAACAUGUGGUCGUUCCCAUUGAGUAACACCAAUCAUCAUCAGCAACAGCGAGAAAUCGGAGAAAGCUUCGUUUUUGGUUCAGAAAAUGUCAUCCUCAGCCAGUUAACAGCUGCAGCCGGCGGCCGUCAAAUCAGUUCUAAUCCUGUACCCUCAAGUUUUGGUACUGCAAGUCAAUAUUGGUCUCAGGGGAUGGCUGUCAAUGGCUUCAAUGAGGGCAAGAACGUAAUUCCCAUCACCAUCACCACCACUGAUCCAGCAGCUGCAACCGCCACCGUCACGGUCAACUCACUGGAAUCACUCGACUGCUUACUUUCCACCACAAAUAGCAAUGGCGCCGCCGAUACGCCACCGGAUCAAGACGAAUGCAUUUCCGUCAUUUUCUCAGAUUACAAAAAUCUGUGUAACAAUAACGGCGUUUCAUCUGGCGAUUCCAUCACAAAAGAUAUGGAUGAAGGCAUUAUUUCCAAAUGUUCAUCGGAAAAGCUAAGAAAGAGUACCAACGGAUUUUACGACGACAACCCGUCAAGAUUGAAGAGACCCAGAUCAGAUCCAGGUCUACCCACUUCGUCAAAUAUAAAUUUCCGCCAAACAAUGGAUUCCGACGAGCCAGAUUCAGAGGCGAUUGCUCAGAUGAAAGAGAUGAUGUACAGAGCGGCAGCUUUCCGGCCGGUGAGUUUCGCCGAUGAGGAGGCGGUGGAGAAGCCAAAGAGGAAAAAUGUGAGGAUAUCUAGAGAUCCACAGACGGUGGCAGCACGGCAGCGCAGGGAAAGAAUCAGUGAAAAAAUAAGGGUCUUACAGAAACUGGUCCCCGGUGGAAACAAAAUGGAUACAGCUUCUAUGCUCGAUGAAGCUGCAAAUUACUUGAAGUUCUUGAGAUCGCAAGUUAAAGCAUUGGAGCAGGUGGGACAGAAGCUAGAUUACGUGAGAUGUGGUACAACUAUUACUUCAGGCAGUACAAGUCAAAUUAUGCAAAACAUUAACCCUAAUAUUACUCUAGGUGUACCAUUUCCCAUGCAAACCCCUUUUUUACUACCCCAUCAUCAUCAUCAACACCUUUACCCUAACCCACCACCUGCUUGAACCACUUGUACUUGAUGCUGCAGAAAAAGGACAAUCUGGUCGCCAAAAUCUGGUGUUAACUCCAAGAACUCAUGAUAGAGUUAUGAUCAGUUCAUCAUGAAUCAAGAAUCCCCUAAUUUUAUUUGAUUAAAGAUUAAUGGGAUUUGAUCAUAAUUGUGUCAUCAUUGUGUUUCUCUAAAUUUUACACAUUUUGCAAUA